GAGAAAAAAAGAGGAGUGAAGAGAGAGAAAUAAAAAUACUCCUUCACAAAACAACCCAAAAAAGAGAAAAAGAAGAGAAGAAGGUUGGGUAAAGGCAAGGCAUCCAACCCAAACAUUCAUCCACACAAAACAAGACAACCGCAAUAACAAUGGUGAAGAAAACCACCACUUCCACCAUUAACAACACCAUCAUUCCUCCUAAGAGGAAGAAAGGUCGUCCAUCUCUUAAAGAUCUUCAAAUUCGCGCUCUUCUUCAACAACAACAACAACAACAACAACAGCAACAACAACAAAACCCUAAUUCCCAGUUCUCUCAAUCCAACCCUAAUCAUAAUCUUAAUCGUCGUAGUCGAUCUACUCGCCGGAUCCCUAAUUUACCCGCCCGUUUUAUUGAUGGUUCCGAUUCCGACGAUGAUGAACAUUCAAAUCAUGAACAACAAAAUGAUGAAGAUGACGAUGAAGAUUUUCAUGAUGAUGAUGAUGAAAGACAAAAGAAGAAAGUUAAAUUGGUUGGUCAAUUUCCAAAUGCCGUUGCCCAGAAAGAAAAGGGAACGAAAGCGACUGACAAUGAAAAUGGGGCAACAAAGAGGAUGCUAGUAGGUGGUGCUCUGGAACAUGGUCCCACAACUUCAACUUCUACUGCUACAUUAACAAAGAGUAGUAGUAACACACCUUUGCCUGAUAAAAAGUUGCUGCUUCUUAUUCUUGAUAAGCUUCAGAAGAAAGAUACUCGAGGUGCAUUUGCAGAGCCUGUUGAUCCGGAGGAGCUUCCGGAUUACCAUGAGGUUAUUGAGAAGCCCAUGGAUUUUGAUACUGUGAGGAAGAAAUUCUUGGGCGGUGUUUAUUUAUUUUUGGAGCAGCUUGAGGAUGACAUAAAUUUAAUUUGCUCGAAUGCAAUGCAGUAUAAUGCUCCUUCUACAAUAUUCUUUCGACAGGCUCGAGCUAUCCAAGAUCUUUUGAAGAAGGAAUUUGAUACAUUUAGGCAAUACGGUGGUCUUGUUGAUGCUCCUAUCAAACCCAGAAGAGGUAGACCACCUGGUAGUAGAAACCUGAAAAAGCUUCUUGAGAGUUCACCACCGGAACGCAAUGUUCAGGAGCCAUCAUCAGAUGCAACACCUGCUUCUCGGGAAACAACUGCCGUUCACGAAACAACUGCUUCUCGGGAAACUCCUGCUGCUCGGGAAACACCUGCUUCUCAGGAAGAGGAUGCAGCAAGGUCAGGCAAUUACAAUCUGAGGAAAGGACCUAGUUUAUAUCGAUUCCCUCGCUAUCUUGAAACUUGUUUUGAUUUUUCAGCAUCCUCUUCUAAAUCAAUUCCAGCUAAAUAUGGAAAAAAGUCAUUUGGAUCAGAUGAAAGUAGGCGUGAGACUUAUCUUUCAGGCGAUUUUGAUUCUGGCCACAAUGAUCUACAAUUGUUUACAAAUGGUGACCUUGACAGGCAAUUGAUUGCGGUGGGUCUUGCUCCUGAUCAUAGCUAUGCGAGAAGCCUAGCUCGAUUUGGUACAGGUCUUGGGCCUGCUGCAUGGAAGAUUGUUUCGGAAAAGAUAUCUAGUGUUCUGCCUCCAGGUGUAGAGUUUGGUCCUGGGUGGAUUGGCGAAUCCAAGAUGCCGUCUAUACAAUCGACCUGUGUGUCACAGGGUUCCUUUCAGAGUCAACCUCCCCACCAGCUGACAUCGGGCCUCUUAAGUUCUAGUUUUGUUGGUAAACCAUGUACUCCUACCGAGGAGUUGGCAGAAUGUUGGGGGAUGAAUUCCAUGAAAGGAGGUAAUGAUAAUGGAGUCGUGGGAUCCAACCCUUUAUUGCAGAUUUCACAUCAAAACGCUGUUCAUUCACGUAUGAAUGGUUUUGGUGGCAGUUUUGCUUCAGAAUCUCAAUUUCAGGAACCAAUGGCGAGGCCAAACUCAUCUUCAAUGUUUAAUAACCAUCAUGCUUUAGGCUCUUCAAGCUCAUUUGAUGCCUCUAGAAGCUUCCAUGGUGGGAUGAACUAUGAAAAUGAACAUCUCAAUCCCAUGUCGUAUUGGCAGAAUCUAUCAUCCACACAAGAAAGAGGGAAUCACCCAUCUCUAGUGGAGCUCAACAGGGGAUUCCAAACGUCUGGUGCCAUAACUUCGAAUUUUCCCAUUGGUUCUCCACAACUUGACUUGGCUUUAUAAAGCAACAUGUAUGGGAUUUUCUCGAGUUGUAGGUAUUAUUAUGAAAAAAUGGCAACCAUCCCUUGACUUUUCGGGCGAUCACAUUUGUCAGAGGAAUAGGAAAUGCUGUACAGAUUGAUUCAUCAAAGUAUUGGGUUUAAUUGGGGAAAUUACACAAUUGUGGUUAUUUAGGAACUUAAUCUCUACCUAUUUUUUGCUUGUUUUUAUAGUUUUGAAAGAAGGCAUAUUAAUGAUUACUGAUUAGAUAGUAGAUAGUUAUUCAGGAGAAGAAAUUCUAAGUAAAGAGAAAGAGAUUCGGGGGUGGGGCUUCAAACUUGCAUUCUUUAUAUUAUGUACCAAGUAAUAGAGUUAAAGUAUUAAUACAGGUUAAUUGACAGUAGCAGUCUACCGAAUGCAUUCAGCUUUGCUCCUUUUUAAA